AUGCUGAUGCCCAACCUUUACGGGAAUAUCAUCUCGAAUAUCGCCUGUGGACUGGUCGGAGGACCUGGCUUGGUCUCCGGGAUGAACAUUGGUGAAAAUUACGCAGUCUUCGAAACGGGCACACGAAAUACGGGUACAUCACUGGCCGGCAAGGAUCUCGCCAACCCGACCGCCUUCAUUCGAGCCAGCGUUGAUAUGCUCAGGUACCUCGGUUGCCACCAACAUGCUGAUCUCAUCUCAGAUGCUUUAUGGAAGACAUUAGUAGAACAGAGAAUGCAUACCAGGGAUAUCGGAGGCACACAUAAGGCUUCGGAAGUGGUGCAAAUCACCUUGGACAACAUUGCAAGCAUGAGGCGGUAG